AUGAAUCCUACACAGGCAAUUUUCCGUAAGCCUCUUGAACAACCACCUCAAAACCGAGCAUUGUCCCGUCCAUUCACUACCAUCGACCCCCAACGAGCCGUAGGGUACCUCCAAGUCGACUGCGCAUGUCAACGGCACGACCUGUCUGCGCGAUGCCGGCCCAACUACGGCUCCUGCAUAGACGGCAAACGGUCGGUGCCCAUUGAACUUCUCGACGUCGCCGGUCUAGUGCCGGGUGCGCACGAGGGUAAAGGGCUUGGUAACAAAUUCCUCGACGACCUCCGGCACGCGGACGCGUUGAUCCACGUCGUCGACGUGUCGGGCACGACCGAUGCCGAGGGCAAAGCGACACGCGGCUACGACCCGAGCGUCGACAUCGAGUGGUUGCGCGGGGAGAUUGUGCGCUGGAUCCAGGGCAACCUGAUGGAAAAAUGGGGCAGCAUCAGACGGCGGCACGUGGCCGUGAAGGCGACGGCGGUCGAGACGCUCCAAAACCAGUUCUCGGGCUACGGCAGCACGAGCGCGGUGGUGGCGCGGUGCCUGGACAAACUCGGCCUCAAGACGCCGUUGGAGGAGUGGUCGGACGAGACGAUAUCGAAGGUCGUCAACGCCUUCACCGACGAAAAGUUCCCCACGGUCCUGGCGCUCAACAAGAUCGACCAUCCCGACGCGGACCGCAACAUCGCCAAGAUCGCGAAACAGCAGCCCGCCGAGAGCAUCGUGCUGUGCAGCGCCAUCAGCGAGGUGUUUUUGCGCCGGCUCGCGAAGCAAGGCUACAUCAGGUACACGCCCGGAGCCGAGUAUCUGGACACGAGGGAAGAUCUGAUAGAGCAAGGGGAUCCGGACGGCGGCGGCCUGAAAGAGAUGGACGACAAACUCAAGACGAGGAUCGAGAAUUUAAAGGACAUGGUGCUCUAUCGGUUCGGGAGCACCGGCGUGGUUCAGGUUCUCACGAGGGCGGCGGCCCUGCUGGGCCUCGUGCCCGUGUUCCCGGUCAAGAACAUCCAUACGUACGGCUCUGGGACGGCCGGGUCGACGGCGGUGUUCAGAGACUGCGUGCUGGUGAAGAAGGGGAGCACCGUGGCUGACGUGGCCAGGAAAGUCAUGGGAGAUGCGCCGAUUGCCUUCAUCGAGGGAGACGGCGGGAGGAGAGUCGCCGAAGAUCAAGUGGUGAGUGUGGGGAAGAACGACAUUCUUUCGUUUCAUGUUGGGAGGUGA